UUCCUUGGAAACGCGUUGUUGUCUCUUCGACAGGCAAACGUCUAUCUAGCCACGUCGACACACGGGUUUAUAAAUAACUUAAGAUAAAGAGCGUGUUGGUUUUAUAAUAUCCCGUAGUUUAUUGGUAUGUUUAUGAUAUUUGUGAUAUGUCAACAAUUGAGGUAGGUCAGCUACAGAAAAUCAGGUCGAAAUAGGCAAUUUAUAGCUGUGUAGUGUUUUUUGCAAAUCCAUAAUAUAGUUAAUAGUGUCAGCGAAUUCAUUAUAAUCAAGCUUUUUGUGUUGUUGUUUUUUAGAACAGUUUGAAUAAAUGAAUGGUGUUUGAUGAUCACUGUUGACUCUAAUUCACCAUGACGUCACAUGUCCUCACACAGGUGAGUGGAUCUAUUACACGUGGGAAUAUGUACGGAGCUCCAGUGGAUUUAUCCUUCAAACACGUCAGCAGGUUGUCAGAUGCAUGGACAGAGGAACCCAGCAGCAGUCUGCGGCCUUUAAAGAGAAAUUCAAAGAAGAAGUACCGAAGCUGCUCCCUUCGUCUCAACAACAACAACAUCACUGAUCUUCAUGACCUCCAGAGGACUGUUAACCACUUCCUGGCUGAGCCGGCACAGCUCGCCUGGCUGGACCUUUCCUUCAACAGUAUAUCACACAUAGAUCAAGUUUUGUGCGAGCUGCAUGAACUGCGUGUGUUGUAUCUCCACGGCAAUGGCAUUUUUAUUCUGUCAGAGGUGGACAGGCUGGGAGUGCUGCCGCAUCUACAUACCAUCACUCUGCAUGGAAAUAUGAUAGAAACCAACAAGGCUUACAGGAAUCGUGUGAUCUCUGCUCUGCCUCAAUUAAAGACGAUGGACUUCAGUGCUGUGACACGCCAGGAGCGAGUCAUGGCAAAGAUUUGGCAUCAGAGCAACAGACGCAGCAAGGAGACUCUCCAGUGACCGCUGACUCGCCUCCAUCGUGGUGUGUUGAAACCAGCUUCACCCAAAUGUCCUGUGGUCCACAUCUACUGCUGGAAAACCUCAUAUAUUGUUUCUCUGUAUAUCUGUGGUGAAACCAGCACUGUAUUGAAUGUUUUAUCCAUUUUUAUUUGCUGAAAUUAAGUUUAUUAUUGGAUAGUCCAAAGAGAAGUCAUCAACACUGUAUCACUUGAUAUUAAAGUGAUGAGGAAAAUGAACCAUCCGAACCAUCCUGAGAUACUGGCUCUAACAUUCUAUAGAUGCCUGGAAGAUAUUGUUGCAAACAUGGGUGUGGGUUCUGGAAUAUCUUAAUAUUGUUAUGGAUUAUUCUUUUAUAACAAAGUGGCAUACCAGUUAACAUUAAUGACUUUCUCCGUUUCAUUACUGAUCCAGUGGAUGUAAGAUUUAAUAAGACAUGUGUUUAUGUUGAAAAUCUUUAAUGAAUUAAUUAAACCAAAAAAAACAAACCAAAAUCCUUGAAACUUUUUGCUACGAGCCUAAGAUAUUACAAACAUAUUUCAGGAAGUAUAACAUAUUUGAGUAACAAACAAAAACAGAGAAAAAUGCCAAGAACCCAUUGCAAAAAGCUCCAAUCAAUUGCUUGGUUGAAAUAAUGACGGCACUGCGGAUUAUCCCUUUAGAGACUGCAGAGCGGCUCACCCUGCUCCCUGCACACGCAUGUUCACGUGCUCUCCACCGAAGAGCAAAUAAACAUUUAAAAACACAAAUAAAUAAUCACAAAAAAGGGUCUCGGGAUCAUUUUAUCUGCCGUGGUACAUAGAUCGUUAGCGCUCCC